GCCCCUCCGCGCGAUGCGCACCUUCUGCAGUCCCGGUGACCUUCAGAGUGCGUUUCAGCUGCUCAGCCUUCUCAUCGCCCGACGCUGCUCUCGCAUACUGAUCGGGCGGCGAAGCGGUUUCAUUCCCCCGGGUGUUAGGCGAUUCAUUUAAAAGCCUCCCUUUUAUUUAUUUGUUUUUUUUAAAGCUGUCAUUGCAAACGGCACACAAGCGGAAGGGUUUUGCACAAAAGAGAGGGCGGGAUUGUCAACGCCAUCAGAUGUGUUUUAGAGAUGAAAAUAGCAGAGGAGAGGGAGACUGCAGCCUCGGCUGAGUGCAGUGAAUCAGCUGCUCCCUCCUCGCUCAUCUCGUUUCUCUUCUGUCAGCCCCAUCUCUCCCCCCCCCCCUACAUUCUCUGGCUCUCCCUCCCUCUUCCUCGCGCCGUACACCCCCGUGCUUCGGUAGCAGUCCUGAGCAUCCUCGCUGCUGCUGUUGCUGCUAUAAAUAUCCGCGGGGACCCGUAGAGCAGCAAGGAGGGAGGAGCCGCGGACAGGACAGAGCGAAGACAUCCGAGGUACAGAGGACAACAGGACGAGGGCACGCGAGUGGAAAAAAAGACCGCAAAGAACGGGCGACUGGAUGAGUUAGGAGGGAUAAUAGUGUCCUGCUGCUUGAGUUGGACUAAGCUGAAUCAACAUUCGGACUGGACAGCGAAAGCCGGCCACAGGACUUUUUUUUUUCUGUAUACAUUUUUUUUUUUUUUUUAGGGACUCAAACCGAUUGAUUUCAUGCUGACAUGUGGGCCGGUACGGGCUGGGGAGGGGCUGAGAUGUCAUGCUCCUGUGUUGCUGGUGGUGCCUGAGGCCUGAGGCGGUGGAGCUGGACAGCAGGAGGGUGGACCACCGCGUUCUGACCUGCGAAGCCCCCACAUCCACCACCAUCACAACGGCAUCGUUCGGCCAGUGGGAGCCAGAGACGACUGCCGGCGCCCUGCCCGCCUCCCAGAGUGUUAAGAACUCCAGCUAUAGUCUGCCCUCCUCAUACCCAACAUACAGCAACAGCUAUGACUACUCGGAGCAGAGCCGGCAGAGCGAGCGCUCGGGCCUCUGUGGACUCUCAAACCUGGGAAACACCUGUUUUAUGAACUCUGCAGUGCAGUGUUUAAGCAACAUCCCCCCUCUGACCGACUACUUCCUCAAAGACAAGUACAGAGACGAGCUGAACGAGGACAACCCCCUGGGCAUGAAGGGGGAGAUCGCCCGGGCCUACGCUGAGCUCAUCAAGCAGCUGUGGUCGGGCAAAUACAGCUACGUCACCCCGAGGCCCUUCAAGACCCAGGUGGGCCGCUUCGCCCCGCAGUUCUCAGGCUACCAGCAGCAGGACUCCCACGAGCUCCUGGCCUUCCUCCUGGACGGCCUUCACGAGGACCUGAACCGCAUCCGCAAGAAACCCUACAUCCAGCUCAAGGACGCCAACGGACGGCCGGAUAAGGUCGUGGCUGAGGAGGCGUGGGAGAACCACAUCAAGAGGAACGACUCCAUCAUCGUGGACAUCUUCCACGGUCUCUUCAAGUCCACUCUGGUUUGCCCUGUGUGCGCCAAGGUCUCCGUGACCUUUGACCCUUUCUGCUACCUGACCCUACCACUGCCCAUGAAGAAGGAGCGGACGCUUGAGGUCUACCUGGUCAGACUGGACCCCGUAGCUAAACCUACACAGUACAAGCUGACCGUGCCAAAGGUGGGCUACAUCUCUGACCUGUGUACCUCCCUCUCCAGCCUGUCUGGCGUUCCUGCUGAGAAGAUGAUUGUAACCGACAUCUACAACCACCGUUUCCACCGCAUCUUCGCCACUAAUGAAAACCUGAGCAGCAUCAUGGAGCGGGACGAUAUUUACGUCUUCGAGGUGGCGGUGAACCGAGUAGAAGACGCGGAUCACGUAGUCAUCCCCGUGCACCUGAGGGAAAAAUACAAACAGUCGGGCUACAACCACACCAGCACGCCGCUCUUUGGUCUUCCCUUCCUGAUUGCCGUGCCCAGAACCCUAAGCGAAGACAAACUCUACAACAUGCUCCUCUCUCGGCUCUGCCGGUUUCUUCGAUCUCCUGUAGAGGAAGACGAGGAGGACAGCGAAGAGACGCAGCCGUCCACACAGCACACCAUCAAUGGCAACGCCACAAACGGACUGCUGGAGGAGGGCUCGCCAAGUGAGAUGGAGACAGACGAGCAGGACGACGAGUCCAGCCAGGACCAGGAGCUGCCGUCGGAGAACGAGAACAGCCAGUCUGAGGAGUCGGUGGGAGGCGACAACGAGCUGGAGAACGGCGUGGUGGCGCCUCCGAUCUCCGGCAAAGUGCAGCCAACCACUGGGCUCGGCAGAAAGCGGCUUUUCACAUUCCAGUUCAACAACAUGGGCAAAACGGACUUCUCGCUCAUCAAGGAGGACACCAAACUGAUCCGCUUUGACGAGGGCCAUCUCAGGCUAAGCGACCGCUCGUAUAUGUCUUUGGACUGGGAACCAGAGGUCAAGAAGAAGUAUUUUGACGAGACCGUUGUUGAGGACUACGACAAGCACGAGAGCAUGGAGUACAAGCCUCAGAAGAAAGCUUUCUUCAAGUUGAAGGACUGCAUCGAGCUCUUCACCACCAAGGAGAAACUGGGGGCAGAGGAUCCCUGGUACUGUCCGAACUGCAAGCAGCAUCAGCAGGCCACCAAGAAGCUGGACUUGUGGUCUCUGCCGCCUGUUCUCGUGGUCCAUCUGAAACGCUUCUCCUACAGCCGCUACAUGAGGGACAAGCUGGACUCGCUGGUCGACUUCCCACUCAGAGAUCUGGACAUGUCGGAGUUCCUGAUCAACCCCAACGCCGGGCCCUGUCGUUACGACCUCAUCGCUGUGUCCAACCACUACGGCGGGAUGGGAGGCGGCCACUACACGGCUUAUGCUACGAACAAAGACGAUGGCAAGUGGUACAACUAUGACGACAGCAGCGUGUCUCCUGCCAACGAAGAUCAAAUAGUGUCCAAAGCUGGCUAUGUGCUGUUCUACCAGCGCCAGGACACGGUCAAAGGCACAGGCUACUUUGCUCUCGACCGUGAGGAAGAAGAGGAGGAGGAAGAGGAAGAAGGCGGCGAGGAUGAGGAGAACGAAGCCGAAGAGCUGCAGGAAAGGAGGACUGUCUCGUCUUCUCAGGGUGCCUCAGCCUGCGCCGCCGCGCACAGCGACGACGAGGAGCCGGUCGACAACCAGAACAGGAAAAGCGACAUCAACCAGGAGGAUGAAGAGGCGGAGGAGGAAGAGGAGGAGGAGGAGGAAGAGGAGGAACAGAUAUCCAACCGAGACAUUACGAUGAAAACCAACUGAGGUAAAUGGAUAGAGGAACAAGUGGAGAGAAAGAAAGGGAUCUGUCCGUCACAAAGCCAUAUGGACGCAGGGCGUGGCAGCAGGUGGCGCCGCUCCGGCCCAGCAGCGCGGGCCGAGCCGCCGCUGGCACGACGACUGUUCGGCUGGGGAGCUGCCUCGGUACGCAACUCUAAUAAAUCAGGACCCUUCUGCGGGUGAAUCACUGUGUGUGCGUGUGUUUGCGAGAGUGUCGCCAUGUUAGCUCAUAAAACAUCUGCUGUGUGAACAGAACAACACGAGACUGACGACGGAGCCUUCAGCAGAUGUUGUCGCUGCGCUAUGAACCCUCCCUCUGGUUACCCCCCCCCCCCCUUUUUUAAUUAUGAUUUGAGCUGUGCAUUGUUUGCAUAUCAUUUUAUUAUUUAGAUUUUGUAAAUAUUUUAAACACUGAAUUGCAUUGAGUUUUCAUGAAACGUUUAUUUUUUUUGACGUUGCACAAACACUAAUCCUCCACUUCCCCCGUUCAACCAGACGAGCUGCGGCAGCCGAAGAUCCGAGGGAGCUGCUUUUUAGUGACGCGUCUAUAACCUAGACCUAACGUAGAGAAGCGGUGCCUGUAGCUGUGUUUCGACACGGCCGACCUGUCCCGGCUUUCUCCUGCUGCUACGCUGACUCUGCAUCUUUAAGCAGAUACCCGCUCUUAGCCCUGCUUCCCUCUGAUCUCGCCUACUGGAAGAAAGUUAGAGCCGGACUGCAACGCCUUCCAGCUGCUCUUUGCAGGAUAACCCCCCCAACGUGAUUGGUUGCGCGUUAACUCCGGGAAAUGUCGGCAUGUGUUAGCCAACGCCGUAUAUUGUGCAUUGUUCUGCAGUAAAUAUGUGCUAGAACAUGCUUCAUAUCUAUCUGAUGCUUUAAUCCUUCCCGCAUCACCUUCAUAUCCGAGGUGUCCUCAGGUCUGGAGCCAGAGGUGCGCCGAUCGCAGUUUUUGCGGCCGAUUUUCAACAUCGAGCUUUUGUAAAGCCAAUUUUGAUUUCAUAGGGUUGAAAAUAUUUCUUUCUCACCAUCCUACGUGAUCAAACAUGAAGGAUUUAUGUUCGGAGCAGACGCGAUGUGGAUGUGACCGGGAGAGCUGACUGUAAAACAGGGUUUUACGUAUUUAAAGCAAAGACUAAGCGACCCAACAUUUUAAACUGUCUUGAGGAUUUUAGAUUAGCAGUUAGCGCAAUUAGCGCCGCUAGCAUCGUCGCAUCAGCGCUCCUUGUGUUUAACAGAUUUUAGAUCUUUGUCUUGGGAUGUUUCCAAAUCCAGCAUGUUCCAUUAUGCAGAAGAUGACAGCUCAAAAGAAGAGGACUCCUUUCAGCCUUCAUGUUAUCUGCUUUAAGUCUUGCUCUCUCUCUCUCUCUCACAGGAUGAAUCAACAGCCAGGUUUUAACACCUAGCUGACACUAAUGAGGGAUAAGCUUGUGAAACGGUGUGUUCACUGACCAAAAAAAACAAAAAAAAAAACGAUUUUAUUUCCCAUCGGCGUCUAAAGAAUCGAUGCCGAACGACCGGAAGAAUCAGCAUCCGAUUCCUCCGUUCGUCCCCCUCUUUCUCUGGCAGACACCCGACGCGCCGUCUGUCGUUGAAAUCACCUCGGCCUUAACUGCGAACCCCAAACCAGUCGCCUUUUUUUAUUCGUCUCCCGACUUUCUUUUGCACAACUCUCCCACGCCGGGCCCCCCCCUUUCCACGCCAACACGUCGCUUAAACGAAUGUCGCGUCGCGUCUCGCUUGCCUCCCCCGUCGGCCCGAACGUCUUUUCUUUCUAAGAGGGCCAGAAUGUAUACUUUUAAAAAACUGAAUGAUCAAAGACCACACGUAUGUGAAGGAUGCCUUUCGGUUUACUAACUUCCCCCUUUAUUUUCCGGGCCUCUCUUGCUUUCUGGUAACAGGUUCUUCGCCUUUGAAGCCGGCUGUAUGAAUUCCUGGGAAAGUGCUUCUGUAUGUGUGUGUGUGUGUGUGUGUGUGUGUGUGUGUGAGCGUCUGGGAUUUGAAGCAGGGAAACGGGGCGGGUGAGGGAAUCAGCUGAGAACGGUGGGGUGAGCCGACCUAAAGCACCCUACAGCUUCUAGGACCACGAUCCAGUGAGGCCCUACUGUGGCAGGAUCGUCCUCCGUCGACGUAACUCGCGUUGAUGCUCCUGUGGAUGGAGGGCCGCGUUCGUUCCGCCGCUUCCGGCCCUUUAAGACGGCUCACCCCGUCCCGGGCGAGUGAGAUGUGAUCGCUUCUUCUAGGCUUCUGCGAUAUUGUACAGAAGAGUUCACUCUGUGAGUGCACAUUUGAUAAAAGUUUAUUUAUUUAUAUGUAAGCAUUUAUUAAUGAACAGACAAUAUAUUUAAAGCCUUGGCAAGGCCCGAGGAGUCGGGUGUUCACAGUUAUACACUAGUUUGCGAAGUCUUGUCAGGGAGGGAAUAUUUAAGAAAAACAAACAAAAAAAAAAAAAGAAGAAAAGGAUCUUUUCUGUUUUUUGGGACAUUUUUUUGUUUUUGUAAACAUAAUUCAGGUGUUCUUGCAUGAAGGGUGUAUGGGGGUGUUCAGGCUGGCUGCACUUGAGUUCACUUGGGUUUACAUUUGAAUUGUGCAUGUGUAUUUAUACACAAUCUACAAUAAAGUUGUGUAAAGCUUCCUGUGGCACCUUU